CACCACGAGACGGGAAUUCUAGAAACAAGCAGCGGAGGGUCAGGAUGAUCAGGGCUCAAUGUCACAGAGCUUUAGCAGCUAACAGACCGCCGAGAGCCUCUUUAACUUCACUUCUGUCGUAAGAUUAGGACAUAUAAGAUAUUCUGCAAGAAGGGGCUCUUUAAACCCCCCCCACCCCCCUUUUCCUCCCCUGUAGUUACAUCCACUGGUCCACCAUGUCCAUCCAGAUGUGUAGAGUGGUGGAGCUGGUGAUGCGCUCUGCUUGCUGCCAGACCAUCAGAAGUAGAUCCUGUCUGCGCAAGGCAGUGUUGGCCCCUCAUGGUCCCUCUGGCCUCUGUGUUCUUGGAGCUCCAGUGCUUCAUAGAAGAGCCUACAGCCUGGACUCGCUCUCUUCAGGUCCUGGUCGGCCCACGCCUAGUCUGAGUUUGCAGCAGCCCCGAACAGAGAGAACGUCCCCCUCUGCAGCACUCACACAGAGGAACCUGUCUGCUGUGGCUGUCCAGGGCCAAUGUCGUCCGCUGUGCCAGUAUGACUUCCUGGACCUUGGGGAGGUAGAGGAGAAUGUACGCCGUGCUCAGGCCUGUAAAAAAAUGAGAACCUUCAUAGUAGACCCAGACCUGGCAAAACUGGUAGCAGAGCAUAUAGGACCAGAGGAUGCUAAAACUGUUAUCUUUGAAUGUAACCCAGGUCCUGGGGUGUUGACAAGGACACUGCUAAAUGCUGGAGCUCAGAGAGUCGUGGCUCUUGAAGGCGACAGAUCUUUCCUACACGAACUACAGGAGUUGGAAGGUCAUCUUGAUGGUCAGCUGGAGGUGGUUCACUGUGACUACUUUAAAUUAGAUCCUUUGGGCACUGGAAACCUGAAACCUCCCAUCAUGUUCUCUGACAAACUGUUCACUGAUCUGGGAAUAUCAGAAGCUAGUUGGACAGAUGACAUCCCAGUGAAGGUGGUGGGUAUCUUGCCCCAGCGUAAUGAGCGUGGCUUGCUGCUGAAGAUGGCUUAUGCUUUGUUUGAACGGCUGUCGGUCUACAGAUAUGGAAGGAUAGAGCUCAACCUCUUCAUAAGCGAGAGGGAAUACCUGAAUCUGGUGGCACGUCCAGGUAACAUGUUGCACUACAGAGCCUUUGGUGUCCUCUGGCAGAUGGCCUGUGAUAUUGAACUACUGCACAAGGAGCCCUGGGCGUCAUUUGUGAUGUCUUCAAGACAGAGUGCACCCAGUCCUAAAGGCAGGCUUCCCAAUGACCAUUUGUGCCUGGUGCGUUUGCGUCCACGGGCUGAUCUGUUCUCUUCUGGCCUCACUUCCUCUAAUGUUUCAACUCUGCUGGUGAUGAUCAAACAGUGUCUGGCUAAGAGGAAGGUCAAGCUCAUCGACAGGCUCAAUCUCUGGUCACCAGAUAGCGGGAGUAAGCUGUUAUCUGAAAUGGGCAUGCCAGAGGACAUACUGACAGGACACGUAUAUCCAGAGGAGUAUCUACAGCUGUUCCAGUUGAUGGACAAGAGCCAGGAGUUCACACAGAGCUGGCUUUAUGAGGAGAUCUUGGAGAACACACAGAGAGAAGGCUGGGGCUAAGAUUCACACACAUGUAUAGAUUUAUGAAAUUAAAAACACAAAAAGGGUAAACUAAUUUGUAAAAUAUAAUGUUUCAUUUAAAAAAGGAAAUAAUAUCAUAUGUAAUCUAAUGAAACAGGACAUACAUAUAUUAAUAAACAUAAAACAGUAAAAAGUAAAAUGGUAAUGGAAUGUUCACAGGCUGAGUGCAUAAAUAUUUUGUUACUGAAAUGAAUGAAGAAAAGGUUUGUGACUAAGUGUACUUGAGGAUAACAGAGAAACAACUUCAAAUGACCUCUUUCAUUAUCCUGAUCCAGGGUACCCAUGAGUUGUGAUCUGAGGCAAAACUGUACCAGAAAUAAUUUAUUUUGAGCCCUCACAUGUAAACCACUUUUCACUGAACUGAUUGUCAACAGCAGAAAAAUUUAAAACUUGUUGAAGGUCAUAAUAAUUAGUUAAAUCACAUACAAGAAAAAUCCCUGUGAACACAACAGCAGCAUGUCCCAGUGGGCUGAAAAAAGCCCUUAUGGAUGCGACAAUAUGACUUGGUGCAUCCAUGACAUAUUUGGUAUUAUUUUAAUUCAGAAAUGGUCAUGUACUACUCUUGAAUGACUGAUACAACAGUUUUACUUCUGCAGUAUAUUGUGACAGCGACUUUACAGAGCAUAAUUCUGCAUGUAUCUUGUAUUGCAUAAUUUUCCAAAGUGACAUUUUGAGGUGACUAGUACUGCAGUAUAAAUGCCCAGCAAGAAGGUUUGCAUAUGUAAAGGAAUUAAGUUUUUCACUGUACAGCUUCAUGUCUUGUAUAUUUUUGUAUAUCCAUUGUGAGUGAAUAAGCUUGUGUAUAUCUAAUAAUUUAAGGAAUGUGUAAGGUGUGUGUCUAAUAUCAUUUUUAAAUCAUUAAAUCAAAUUGUGAUAAUGUA